CGUCCAAGGCAACAGCAGCUGCAAUAGGCUCAGAGCCCGAUAGUAAGGUUCAAACAGACACAACAGCUCGCUUGCUCCAGGCACCACAAUAAGUCUCGUCCAGGUACUACGACACACCUGCACCAACCGCAGAACACACCUGUACGACCCACCACAACACAAGUGCAGCAGGAGACAGCCAUUCCAGCAGUUAUCAGCAUCACCAAAGCGGCAAGCCUUUUACCGUCAGCUGUUCAGCGUCUUCAUCAUGGCCAAGCAGCUCCUGCUGGUGUUUCUCUCGGUUGCGUUGGUGGCGGCGCUGCUCUGUGGCUUCGCUGCCGGAUACUGUGAGCCAACUUGCCCGAGCCCUCUUCCUCCUACACGUAAGGUAGCUGAUCCUCUCGACUGUACUCGAUAUUACAUCUGUUUGGAGGACGAUAACUUGCCCUCAGACUCUUCUAUAGCUUGUCCAACUGGUCAAUCCUUCGACCUAACAACAUCAGAUUGUGCUUCUCAGCCAACUUGCUUACCAACCUGCACCAUACCAGAUUGUCAUCUACGAUGUGGCACAGCUGAUAUCAAUAUCUUUGACCCGAAUAAUUGCAGCAUCUUCUACCAAUGUGUGGGUGGUCUUCUGAUAGGACCUAUCGUUUGCCCCGUGAAUCUUCCCUACUUUAACGGACUAAGUUGCGGCACGGUUAAGAGCAAGUGCUGCAGUGACCCCUGCCUUGCUUUCUGCUUUGAAGUGGGAAUGGAGAUUCCCGACCCCCACGACUGCACCAGAUACUAUUUGUGUACCAGAACAGGACCAGUCACCGAGGAGGAACAUCAAACCUGCUCUUCAGGUUCUAAUUUUGACAUAAGCACAGGUCACUGUGUGGCCGGCGCCCCUUGUAACAUUCCGUGUGGUAAGACCACGGCCCCUGGGGAAAGUACGACCACUCCAACUCCUAACUGUGAGGAGUCUAUGACAUGCACGGCAGUGGGACAAUUCCCCAAGUGCAUGACGUGUGACCAGCAGUUCUUUAACUGUCCUAACAUUGGCCAGUCAGCCAUCGUUGAGACUUGCCCAGAAUCCUAUGUAUUUAACACGGAUCCCGCCUAUCCUUACUGCGUUAUACCCAGUGACUGCCCCCACCACCCACUGUACAAAGUCCACCAACCACUGCAUUAAGCUCACGAACCACUGAACUCACUCCUCCACCCACUCAACUUAUGAUACCACUUACCUGGAAACAAUUGGUGCGACAUGCCUCUUAUCCGGGCCACCAGAUACUCCCACCACCUAUCCAUCACUAUUACCCUUCCCUGGGACCAUUAUCUACCCCUCCGUCACCCACUUGUACUUUUAUCUAAUAUUUACAUUUGUGCAAUCACCUGCACCUGACCACACUGCCUGCAUGUUGAGGCAAAUAUUGUUAACCGUGAAGAAAAAAAUGUAUAACAUAAAUAAAAUGUGUAUAACUUGUAGCUAAUAAUGUGUAAAGUGCUGCAAAUGAUGUAUAAAUUUAAUGAAAUCACAUAUGACUUGUAGUAAAUAAUGGAAAAACUUGUAGCUAAUAAUCUAUAACUUGUAACAAAUAAUGUAUAACUUGCAGCAAGUAACAUACAACCUGAAAAAAAUAAUGUAUAACCAUUAAAAAGAAAUGUAUAACUUGGAAAAAUAUGUUUUAAUCAAGUAAACAAGCCAAACAUAA